GCAUCAAGCAUUCAAGGCAACCCAAACAUUAGUUUCAGAGUAGCUGUCAGUGAGUGUACUACGCUGUAGUGCACUGUAAUUUAUUUUACGAACGAAACCUAACCUGCGUUUCAUUCAUGUGAUAAUAUUUUGAAAAUUUUCGGUGCCUCCUGACAAAUAGUGAACUAGUUUUUUUAUAAUUUAAUUAGGUUAACAUGAAAAGAGCAGUAUUAUGUACAUCACUCGCGUUAAUUUCUCUUCUGGGGGCUGUGACAUGUGAGCUUACUGUUUCUAAACAUGACUUGACUCUGACUCUAAACGAAAAAGAAACAUUUGACUUAGAAAUAAGCAAUAUAUCGGAGACAAAUGCAGUUCUGCAGUUCGUCAUUCAACAUGAAGAUAUUGUGAAUAUAAGCACUCAAAGCGUAGAUUUAAGUGGCCUUACCAAUGUGUCUAUUCCUAUUGACGUAGAAGCUAUAGGAGCAGGGCAUUCUCAAGUGUAUGCCAAUAUUUCAAACUCGUCAAUCAACGUUGACGAUGUCUAUCUAAGGGUUACUGUUCAUAAGAUACCGGGACUCGACACGUUUUCUCUGGUUAUUGGAUGGCUGUAUUUUGUAGCUUGGUCGAUUUCCUUCUAUCCACAGAUUUACAUAAACUGGAGGAGAAAGAGUGUGGUUGGUUUAAAUUUUGACUUCAUUGUGUUGAACAUUAUCGGUUUUACACUGUACGGAAUUUUCAAUUUGGGACUUUACUGCAUACCUGAGAUCGAGGAUGAAUAUUUCAACAGAUAUCCACGUGGCUUAAACCCAGUUCAAAUAAACGAUAUCGUGUUCGCUUUGCACGCGGCUGUUGCGACGAUAUUCACGAUAAUCCAGUGCUUCAUCUACGAAAGAGAAGAGCAACGGGUCUCUAUUACCGCCAGAGUCAUUAUAGGCAUAUUUGGAACCUUCCUAUUGAUCAGUAUUAUUUUAGCUGCCACCGACGUUAUUCACUGGUUGGAUUUCCUCUACUACUGUUCUUAUGUGAAACUUACGAUUACUUUAAUUAAAUAUGUACCGCAGGCUUACAUGAAUUAUAAAAGGAAAAGUACAAUAGGUUGGAGUAUUGGCAAUAUAUUACUAGAUUUUACUGGUGGAACGCUCAGCAUGUUGCAGAUGAUUGUAAAUGCCUGGAAUUAUAACGACUGGGUGUCAAUCUUUGGAGAUCCAACUAAAUUCGGCCUGGGAUUAUUUUCUGUGUUAUUUGACAUCUUCUUCAUCGUGCAACAUUAUGUUUUGUAUAGACACUCUAAUUAUGAGAAAAAAUAAUGUACUUAAGUUAGUAUUUUUUUUUAAUAUUGUUAUUUAUUUCAGUUAAACAAUACUUAAAUUGUUACUAGAGCAAUAUAUUUUUUUGUUUUUGUAA